UUCUGAGGGUCAGACCGUAUAUCUUACCGAUAAAUCUGCGGUCACACUGAUCUUUGCUGAUUUCGAUUUUGGAUUUAUUUGUUAAAUUCCCGUAAUUGCAGCGCUGCUGGAACGGUGACGUAGUUAGUGGAACAAAUAUUGAACCAUCAAAAGCACAAAAGCCAGUUGGACACACAUCAAACAUACAGCCAUGGCCGACGACUGGGAAUCUGCAGCCGACAGCGAAAUCAUACUUCAAAAUGCAGCAAGCACCGUAAACAAGUGGGAGGGGGAGGACGACGACGACGAUGUGAAGGAGAGCUGGGAAGAUGAGGAGGAGAAGAAGGACGAGGAGAACGAGAAGCCCACAAUAACAGAUGUGCCAGUCAAAACCAAGCCAAGCAAAGCGCUGAAAGCCAAACUAGAAGAACAAGCGCGGCUUGAAGAGGAGAAGGAAGCGAAACGGCUGGCCAGCCUCACACCCGAGGAGAAAUUGGCCGAGAAGCUGCGGUUGCAAAAGAUCCAGGAAGACUCCGAUUUGAACCACGCCCUGGACACAUUCGGAGUGACGCGUGCAGAAACAAACGGCAACGGCCUAGACUCCUUCAACCCGGAGACCAAGGAGCAGUUCAAGGAGUUCGGUUCUGCGCUCAGCUGGAAGGUCGGCCAGUAUCGCGAGUCUGCGGAAUUCCCACAAUUCGUCGAAGACCUAGUGCGCGGUCUAUGCAUACACCUGAGCGCCGCUGACAUUAAGAAGGUCAAGAUGAGCGUGGAAAUCUUGCACUCAGAAAAACUCAAAAUGGAAAAGGCCAUUGCCAAGAAAGCCGCCGGCAAGAACAAGGGAAAGGCCACGCUUCGCACAGAGAGCGAUGAUAUUGAUGAUUACAAAAAGUAUGGCAAUGAUUUUUCCGAAGAUUACGACGACUUCAUGUGAAUAGGCGAUAUUCGAGUAUAUAUAUAGUUACCCCCUCCUGCAUAUAUCUAAUUAUUCAAUACAUAGUUGCUUGUUGAAGAGUUCUUGGUGUUAUAGAAAGUGCGCAGGAAUUAAAAAAAACUUUGUUGGUUAUUUA